CGUAAUACGUAGUCCUUCUGUUGGCUGUGGCGUGAGGUCUUGACUUACUUUACAAAUAUUCACGAAGAAACGAAAGUGGCCAUUCAAUCACGCCACAAGGAGAUAGGCAAAACUAAUUAAUGGGAUGGCAGCAAUAAAGUUAAAAUUGUGUAUUCAAAUAUUUGUGUUACUUAUUGUGUGCGUAUCUAAAGUUGAAUCUGGUCCACGAUAUCCAGUAAUAUUAGGUAGGUCAACUAAACGAUUAUUUAUCGUAUUUGCCCCACAGUCCACAGCAUAGAAUAUGAAUGAAAUAAACAAAUUUAGAGUAUAGUCAUAGUUUAAUAAUAGUGUUAUUAUUAGAGAUUAGGCCUAUACUAGUAUAAUUAACCAAGACAUUGUGAUCAUUGUCAUUGUGGUAAAUGUUAAGGACGACUGCCACGAUUUUACGAAUUUCACGAAGAAUGUAGCCCUAAAUCAAUCCCUAUGCCUAACCUGAACCCUAAAUUAAAAUAGAUCCCUAAAUCCUAAUUCACUGCAACUAUAAUAAACACCCAAAAGACGCUGUGGCAGCCGUCCUUAACAUUAGCCGUCAUUGUUUAUAGGGUCCAAAUAUAUCCCCUUAAAAAUAAUACUCAUAUUUAUUUAAUUUAUCGACCACUAAUAAGACCACCCUGCCUUGCCCAAGUUGGCCAACAGUAGGCCUAAUUAUUAUUACUAAGACUAGCUAUAAUUUAUUAGGCCUAAUUAGUCUUAAUAUUACUGAUACUAAUACACUACUAAUAGGCAUAUAAUGGCAUACAGUGUUAUAAAGUAAUAAAGUAAAAAUUUUAAUAGUAACAUUAAUAAGUUAAUAAAUAAGCCAUAAGCAAAUUCUGUUCACAGUCACAGGCUAAUAAUUUAUUAGAUACAUUAUUUAUUAUUUGAAUUAAUGAAUGAUUUUGGUAGUUAUUGACAUUGAUAGCUGUUAAAAUUUUCGUCAAAUCUCUUUUUGAAUGCAUUAUAUUAUAUAGUAAAACAAAAUAAUGCGUUCAUAAAGAGAUUUGAAGCAAAAUUUUAACGUAAAAACUGAAAAAAAGAUUAGAUCAAAUUUCCGUUCGAUCAUAUUACCGUCGAUCAAUUUACCGUAGAUGAAAUUUCUUUCGAUCAAAUUUCCGGAUACGCUUCUCAUCCAAAAUAAAAUAGAAGUCGACCUAUACUAUAACAGGCUAUGAAUGGUCAAAAGAAAAUUGAGUGGCUUCAAUGACAAUUGAUGGUGUAUGACUAUAAAUUAUAAUUUAAUGAUGAAUGCUUGCGAUAAUUUAUAUUUUCUAGCCCUUUAUAUUAUGAUAUAUAUAUAUCAGAGCCUAUAUUAUAUAAUAAAUCAAUUGUGUACAUUGAAACCAACUGACUUCUGUAUCAUAGCCUUCACAAGCCUAAGCCGAAGGUACUAUGGACAUUAUACGUCACAAUUUGUUUUUGACUUAAACAAGUAAUCAUAAGUAUAAGACUGCCUAAAGAUAACAAUGCAAUGAUAGCAUUUUUGGUUCAGUCAUUAGAUUACUUUGCUCAGCAUUAGAGUAUUUCACUUCUAAAUACCAGGUAUUCAAAGCAAACCAAGUGCCAACAAUAAAAUGCUUAGCUUUACUUAAAUAAACAUGUUUUUAGACCUAGGGCCCAGAAUUUAAAAAAAAAAUUUUUUUGUUCUUGCUUAAACUUAAAGUAAAAUAAGAUAUUCAAAUGUCUAACAUAUCCUGUGUCUGAUAUAAUGUCAGUUACUAAACUCUAAUCUGAGCAUUGCCUAUAUUGAUCUGUGAAACAUAGAUCAAAGACAUUUCUAAUAUUUAAUAUAAUAAUAUAGACUAAUAUAGAUAUAUGAAACAGGCAUCAGUGGGUAAAAAGAAACCACUUUUUAAGCUUUCUUUGAGGGAAAAUGAAGGCUCAUUUGCUCCAUCCCCAUCUCAGCUAUUUCAUGAUGCCAGUGAGUAGGUUUUGCAUGGUGCUUUCUUUGCAAGCACAUCAUGUGAGGACUAAUCUAAAGUAUUAAUUACUGCAUUAAUUGCACACUUUCAAAAACAAAAUCUAGGUUACCGGUGAUUCUCUUUACUUUCCAGUACCAGGAGAUGGUGGUUCACAACUGGUUGCCAGAUUAAAUAAAACAGAUACUCGCUCCUUUUUAUGUCGCAAAUCCACUUCUGACUAUGAAUCAAUUUGGAUCAACCUUGAAGAGUUAAUCCCAGGAGUUCUAAGUUGUUUUGUGGACAACAUGAGGUUGGUUUAAAGAUUUUAAACUAUUUUUUAGAUAAACUGAUAUUUAUUGUAAAUAAUGCUUAGUACUCCAAGUGCAAUUCCCAAAUUUAAUAAGUAGAGUAGUUAAAAAGAAGAUAUUUCUUAAAUACCAUCAUGUAGUUGCAAACACUGCACUGAUUUACUUCUCCAGUCUAUAAGUAGGACAUUGCAAAUUGCAAGCACAUCACACAAGGAACUAAAAUGUUGAUUACAGAAAUAUUAUUUGUGACAUAAGUAAUGAAUGCUAUAGAAGUUUCAGCCAAUAAUUUAAUUUCUCCACUCUGUCUUUUAUAUUGUGGUUUGGUAACUAAGUAUCCACUUUGAAAAUGCUAUUCCAUUAGAAUUUCCAAAUGUUAAUUAAUCAGAGUUCAUGAUUUUAGCCUUCAGUUAAAUUAAGUGGCGAGGGUAGUAGUUUUACCCUCAUAUUUGAGAAACAGUUACCUAAGCAGAUGACCUUCUUGUAACCUAAGUAUGGUAGCUCUUAAGAAUCUUCAAGACAAGAGAUCAUUUGUCAAACAAAAUAAUGAAUAUCAUAGCUUGAUUUGUUCGGCCUAUAUACUUUUGAUGCAGAUAAUUUUUCAUGGCAGUAGUGAUUGAAACCAAAUUUUCACAGGCUCAUCUAUGAUCCGGUAACAAGGAAGACAUCAAACUCACCUGGUGUAGAUAUCCGCACCAUAGGUUUUGGUGGCACUGACUCUGUUGAAUGGUUGGAUCCGAGUCCAACAUCACAUCUCAUACCCUUUAGUAAGAAAUAUUGAUAAUUUAUUUUCAACGUGGUGAUUUAACCUUUUGUCACCACUGAUUCGGCUUUUAUGUAGUAAUUUGAAUACUUGACUGUUGACUGUGGCAUUGGUGUACUUUUUUCAUUGCAACCAAGUGAACAUUUUUGUUUCAACUCUUUUCAAAUUUAGAAUGUUCUCUGAAGCCAUGCUUAUUAAAAAUGUUCUUUCUUUUCCAAUAAUUAACCUAGUGCCACAAAUAGGCAAGGUAAAUAUUUCGGUGUUGCUAAAUCUUACAUUCUCUUUUUUUUUUUUUAUUUAAAAAAAAAUUUGACACAUUAUUCAUUACAACUCUUUAUUCAGUGGUAUCUUUAAAUUGAAUUCAAACAAUAUCAGCCUUGAAUUUUAUUUUUAAAUAACACCACAUUUAGUACCUGGCACUGGAAAUUUUCAUUUAGAAAUUCCUAACAGAUAUUUUUUUUAUCGAUAUAAACAUUGAUGGACACAAUGUAAUUGGCCAGCUUGUAGAGCCCACAGCCCUGUUGUUAUGUCAGCUUUUUUAAGACUAACUAACACAUCUAUGGUUUAUAUAAGAUUUUACCAGAGGCUUUCAAUAAGAAAUAUUAAAUAUCACAAUGUUUUUUCCACUUUAAGAUACACCUUGUCAUGAUAUCUAAAUAUUGAUUUUUUUUUUUUUUUAAAUGUUUUGGCCGUACCGCUAACAAGAGCUUGAACAAUCUUCUUUGUCACAAUCAUUUUAAAUAAACUUAGUUAAUUGUAGAAAUUUUUUUCAGUUGAUUUCACUGAAAACUAAGUAACAAAUUUUUUUCUAUAUGGUCAAAUAUUUAAAAAAUUGUUUAGGUAAUUUUUCAUAGAUUUGUUUAUAUAUUUUGAUAAUUUUUUUCAUUUCAGUGUCUUACUUUUAUCAUAUUGUAAAAGACCUAGUUGCCAUUGGUUACACCAGAGGAGUAUCUGUGAGGGGAGCACCAUUUGAUUUUAGGAAAGCACCAAGUUAGUAGUAUUUUGUUUUUUGUUAUCUUGAUGGCUGUCUUAGUUCGGAGAUAAAAACUUCUUGAACUAACACAAAGAAUGAAAAAGUAAAGUCACUCUAUUAAAACAGCUACAGAUUGCAACACAAUUUAUAAAGGAGUGGGUUUGGACGAUUAAUUAGGAGGAAAUCUUUCAAUGGAGAGACUAUUCAGCAAUUUUCAGAAAAACAAAAUUUUGCAUUGUUCUGUUUUUCUAUUGAUUUUAAUUCUAUUUAUUUUUCCUGUAGCUGUUUCCUAAAGAUAAACCGUCAUGUUUUUUUUUUUUUUUUUUUUUUUUUUUUUUUUUUUUUUUUUUUUUUUUUUUGUUUGUGUUUGUGACCGCUAACUCAUGCCUUGAUGGACAAGUUGGUAAAGAUAUCUUCUAAACUGUAAAGAACAUAUAAAACUUAAGUCAUAACUCCACAUGGCACUUCCAGUGCUGAUUUGUAGCAUUCUUCUAGCUAUGUGGCCUUGGUAGAUGAUUCAACCAAUAUUCAACAGAUUUAUAUUACAUUUCAUGUGAUUAAAGUUAGACUAGAAACCAGGCCAGUGUCAAAAUGAAGCCCACCUCAAAUUUUGGUUCAGAUGGGAUCAAAAUAGUGAAUAGUGAAAAGUGGUUAAUUUCAAGAAAAUGUGUGUUCGUUUUUUCUUUGUUUUCUAAUUCCAAGAAGUCAUUUAGUCAUUCCAAGAAGUCAUUUAGUCAUUCCAAGAAGUCAUUUUGUCAUUUGCUUUAUUAAAGCUUCACCCUGUUUCUUAUGACUUUUGUGUCUUUUAAACCCCCAUCUGGUUCUAAAUCUUCAAUGUUUAAAAUCAAUUUGUUCCCCAGAUGAAAUGUCAGACUACUACACGGAUGUGAAAAACUUAAUUGAGGACACCUAUUUGAAAAACAACAAGACCAAAGUAGUCAUAGUGGCACACAGCAUGGGCAACCCAGUGUUUCUGUAUUUCCUCAACAACCAGCUCCAAGAUUGGAAAGACCAGUACAUUCACGCUUUCAUCACAUUGGCCGGAGUGUGGGGAGGAGCUAUCAAGCCAUUGCGACUAAUGGCUUCAGGUUGAAUUUUUUAUUUUCUUCUCUAUUUAGCUCUUUAGUUUUUGAGUUUCGUCUGUGCAUUUUUCAAUGAAGACGAAUUUUUGAGGUGUAAGUAAAGUUUUAUGAUAGGGAGAAGGUCCUUAAAAGAAACGUAUUUCUGAAACGCUAGGCAAGAUUAAGAUAAAAUUAAACAAGGCUGUGAUCGAGUCAGAUCAAAGAAAAGGUAGAAAAGCAAUGACGGGUGAAAUAUAAUUAUGGUAAAUGAUAGAAAAGAAACUUUCACCUGUAGAAAGGGGAGUGCAUCAGGCAUUACUCCGUGACUGACCCACUUAUAAUAGGGAACAUUGUUUGAAAAGUUUUUCCGGCUCAAGUGAAACGUAGCUAUAAUUUCACAUUUUUGCCCAGCAACCAAUUGACUUGAAGUGUGUUGUUAUUGAGGUGUUGAAACUUGGAGUAGAUCAGCGGUUCUCAACCUGUGGGUCGCGACCACUUUGGGUGUCGAACGACCCUUACACAGGUGUCGCAUAAGACCAUCGGAAAACACAUAUCCAUGAAGAAGCAACGAAAAUAAUUUUAUGGUUGGGGGUUGCCACAAUAUGAAGAACUUUGUUGAAGAGUUGUGGCAUUAUGAAUGUUGAGAACCACUGGACUAGAAAGUGUAGAAGCUAAUUUUAUUUAAGAAAACUUAUAUUAGUGUUAAUUAAUUUUUCUUUAACAAAUUAAACACUGCAAUAAUAGAAGUCUCAUUUUACUUUUACUUUGAUCAUCUGAAUAACUUUGAAUAAAUUUUUCUUGGAUCAGGGGACAGUUUAGGUGUUGUCCUUGUCAAACCAACUAUUGUCAGAGAAGAGCAGCGCUCCAUGCCAAGCACGGCCUUCCUCAUGCCCAGUGACCAGUUCUGGAAACCUUCAGAAGUCCUUGUAGUAACGGACAAGAAAAACUAUACGGUGGCGGAUUAUAAGGAAUACUUCAAUGAUCUGAAUUUCACAGAUGGUUAUGAGAUGAGGCGGGAUACAGAGAACCUUAUUCGGGAUCUGAAGCCACCAGAUGUCACGGUCCACUGCCUUCAUGGCUCUGGUGUUGACACACCUGAUGUCCUACUCUUUGGCGAGGGUCAGUUUCCUGAUACCUACCCUAGUGACAUCCCCGGAGACGGUGACGGCACAGUCAACAUUCGGAGCCUGCUGGGGUGUUUAAGGUGGCAAGGCCAACAGAAAGCCCCCGUUUAUCACCAGCUGAUACCGAAAGCUGAACACAUGGCUAUUCUACAGGAUACAACUGUCAGCAAAUAUAUUAUAGAUGUCGUGACUGGACAGAGAUAAUGAGAAUUUGUAUGAUUCUAUGAACCAUUCAAGUUAUACAAAACCAGGAUAGUUAACGACAAGAUUAUCAAAUUUACCAUUUCACAUUCGUUACAAUCAGGGGUUUGCAAUCAGAAAAUGUAAAAAAAAAAUUAUUACAAAAAGUAACACUGUUUUGCAAAAUAUCUUUGAAAUUUUUGUAACUUCGCAUUGAGUGCAGUAUUUCUUGAUUCAAAUAAUUUGGCAUGUUAACUUUUUAGUACUUAAAUUAUCAUCACUUUUUAAAAAAAAAAAAAAAGGUUGGAAAUAAAAUAAUAGGCUUAUUACAGUGGUGAAGUUUGAUUUGUAACUUCGCAUUGAGUGCAGUAUUUCUUGAUUCAAAUAAUUUGGCAUGUUAAAUUUUUAGUACUUAAAUUAUCAUCACUUUUUAAAAAAAAAAAAAAAGGUUGGAAAUAAAAUAAUAGGCUUAUUACAGUGGUGAAGUUUGGAAAGGUUUUCUUAAAAUUGUUUUGUUGUGUCUCAUUUGGCCGAUAAAAGCUUGAACUUGAACGGGAGAGAGGAAAAAAAAAUUGAUAUUAAUAAUUAUAAAUUUAAACUUAUUUCCCAUUGAAUUACUUCUCAUUGUCCGCCACCUUUGUGAAGUCACAUGUCUUGUGAACUCACCAUACUAUAAAAAUGAUUGCAGCACAGUUUUGAUUCAUUUUGCUUUGUCAAAAGUUUAAAUUUCAAAAACAUUGAAUUAUUCUUUGAGACAGCAAAAGUUGGAGAUGAGAUUGCAUCUUAUUUGAUAAGUUCUCUAAUAAGUUCUCUAUAUUUCAGAGCGACAUCUUUUUAAAUUUCAUUGUAUGUUUUUUACAAAAUUCACCUUUUUUUUUACUGAACUAAAAAAUAACAAUAAUUUUUAUGUCGGUAUGGUGGAUAUUUUUAAUUUUACAGUUAAUGAUCGGGAAAAAAAUGUAUUCUAAGAUAUUUUGUAAAUAUAGACAGACACGCAGCAAAAGUUUUUGUCCAGUUUGGGCUUGUAAAUAAUUAAAAUGUGUUUCUCUUACUCCUCUAUAAAAUUGGUAGAUUGCCUGAGAAAAUUAUACUUACUAUAUUUUAUUGUUUAAAAAAAAAUAAAGUUUAAGAUCAAUAAAUUGAAAUUUUAAAAAAUGUAUAACCUUUUGUGGCUUGCAAACACUUAAUAAUUAAUGUUAUUUAUUUAAAAAUACAAUCCCCUUAUUAAAAUCAUCUGAACAUUAAGUUUAUUAAUAUUAUACACUGUUUCAGAAAAUGUGAAACUAACAACUUUUUUUUAUUAUUUACGUGGUUUGGGGUGGGGGGGGGACAUUUA